UCAUUGCGCUUGCGCUCUCAGAACGAGGCCUGACUAUCGGAAGGAAGGCGCUUAGUACGCGGAGAGGAAGGCCACAAGAUCCGGUGAGGAGGACUGAAUGCCGAUAUUUGUCUGUAUUUCAUUCGUCUAACAGCCGACGGCUACUGAUAGGAGGCUUGUGUACAGUGCUUGAAACAUGUCGGGCCAAAGAAUUACGCGGGAUGCCUUUGAUGCUGUAGUACAGGAGAAGAUGAAGAGAUAUAGAAUAGGCAUGGACCAAGCAAUUGCUAACACUGUACGAGAGUUUCAGUUGGAAGCAGGGACAUCAAAAAUGGACAGCUAUGAUACACGUUUUAGAGACCAAGAAAGACUUUCCUUCCGUGAUCUUCCACGUGAUAAUAUGAGCAGGAAGUGGGAUGCCGACAGCAGAAGAGACCGUGUUUCAAAUCCUUUAUAUUUACGUGAAUUAGAGAGGGAAACUUCGGGUGGAUUACGUUCAGAUCCAUUGUUGGACAGAUGGGGUUCUGUUGAUCCGCUUUUAAAGGAGAGGUUAUACAGAGAAGAAUUAGCCCGUGAUUUGGAUCGUACUCGCAGGAAUUGGCAACUUGAACGUAGUGCUUUAUCUAGCUCGGAUCUCGGCAUGGCCAGGUCAGAUGUAUAUAGAGAAUUCCAGCACUCCCAAGGUUUAGAGCUUGGUCAUGGAUCAGGUAAGGCAGCACGUGAAGUAAUGCAGCUUUUGGCAGCUAAAGGAGGGCAGCGUCUCAGUGGUGGUGGACUUGCAUCUAAAGCUGGGGAAGCCUCCGGUAAAAAAUAUAGCCCUAAAAAAAGAGAUGUACCAAUCGGAGACGGUGAUUUGAGUGAGCAGAUUAUAACAUGGGCCAGGUUCCACAAGGUUAAAGGUGAUCCUGACAUUUUGAGACAACACAAAGCCCUUUUCAAGGUGAAGACUGAAGCUUGUGACAUGGUUGUAAACUGUUUCAAAGGUCGCCUAUCUGUCCAUCACACAGAGCUUUGUUUUUCAAGUCUAAAACCUAUAACUCAUCCAGCCUUGUAUAGUCCAAAGAUAGAUAAUGAUCUUUUGGAUUUGUUAGUGGCAACAAAAACCGUGUCCGCCAAGAAUGAUUUCUUUGAUGUAAUCAAGCCAUUUGACAAGGAAAUGAUGAUUUUACAGCAGCGAUUGCUGAAAUGUGCAACUCCGUUGCUGAUGGCCUGUAAUACAUUUGAACUAAAGUAUCCUAUUCUCACGGAUCCAAAACAACUGAUUAGUGCUUUGGACAGCACCAUGUUUUUGGCCAGGAAAUCCAUGGUGCUUUUGGGACAGACAUUUGCAUUGGCCAGUUCUCUCAGACAGAACAAUGUAAUGGAGGUCCUGGGGAUCAGUGAAUCAGCGUUGAAACCCUCAAAGUAUCCCAAUUUUAGGGAUUCUUUUCUGUUUGGGAGGGAAUUCAUUACAAAACUGAAAGAUUGGCUGAAAAGAAGUGGACGCAAGUUGACGCUGAAAUCCAGAACCACAGUACCCAAGGAAACCACAGUUGGUAAAGAAGAAACAAGCACUGUAACAGAGAGUGAAGUAAGAAUAUCUGCCGACCCUAAUGUUGUUGCUACAAUAGACCAGCUUCUGGAAUAUGCAAAAAAAGAAGAUAAAGGAGAAGAAGAAAAGCCUGCAUUUUGGUUCCUAUUUGAUAAAAGCAGCAAUGAGUAUAAAUAUUAUCACCAAAAGCUAGAACAGUUCUACAAAUCCCCGACUACCCGAACCACAAAAGCAAAGAAAUCUGAAGAGCCGAGUGUCGAGGCAGUGAGAGCAAUGCUCUAUGCAAGAAAGGCAUUGCAGGUGAAGCGGAAGCUUUUUGGUAGUUUGGCUUUUUCAAGAAAGCGGAAAGAAAUGAAACCUCUGCACCGGCUGUCCAAAACUAUAAAGGCCCGCAAAAUAAAAGUGAGCCAGAAGAUGGGAAAGAGUGUAACUCAGGACAUCAAAAAAGAGUUUGUAACACAGGAGGUCAAAAUAGAUGAUGUAACCCUGGUGGGCAAGAUGGAGGCGGCAGACAAGGAGGAGGCAGACGAGGAGGCAUCGACAACCCUGGCAGACAAGGAGGCAGAGGUCAAGGAGGAGGCGGUGCUUGCCCCGGCGGACAAGGAGGAGGCGGCGGACAAGGAGGAGGCGGCGGUUAAGGAGGGGGCAGCGGCCGCUCCGGCGGUUAAGGAGGGGGCAGCGGCCGCUCCGGCGGUUAAGGAGGGGGCAGCGGCCGCUCCGGCGGUUAAGAAGGGGGCAGCGGCCGCUCCGGCGGUUAAGAAGGGGGCAGCGGCCGCUCCGGCGGUUAAGAAGGCCGCUCCGGCGGUUAAGAAGGGGGCAGUGGCCGCUCCGGCAGUUAAGAAGGGGGCAGUGGCCGCUCCGGCAGUUAAGAAGGAAGCAGCCGCCACCUCGGCAGCAAAGAAAGCAAAUGUGACCCCAGCAGUAAAAAAACAGACUGCUGUCAAACCAGUACAGGAUGCUUCAACAAAGCCUUCUAGCAAAGUAGAACCUCAGGGACAAGAGGUACCGUGCAAAAGUUCUACAGGCGCCACCAGUAAACUGAAGAAGGAUCAGACAUCAGAUGUAGAAGUUGAUGAUUCUAAAGACCCAGAGGUUUCAGAUGUUGAUGAGAAGACUAAGGAUACUGCAAUAAAGUUGGCUCAAUUUGUUGUUCAGAUGGGUCCUGAGAUUGAGGAAUUCAGCAUGCAAAACAGCGUAAAUAACCCUGAAUUUUGGUUUUUACGUGAAAAAGAUAGCCCAGCAUAUAAAUAUUACAAAAGUAAGUUGGAAGAGUUCAAGCAAGAGCAACAGGAAGUCUCAUCUGAUGUAGAUGAACAGGGGAGCGUUAAGACAGGUGAUGAAGAUGUGGAAAUGGGUGCCGAGGCUGCUGCCACAGACAGCGCUUCAGUAGCUGCAUUUAGCCAAAUGCCUACUCCAUCUAGGCCUCCCAUUCUUCGUAAGAGAGUAGCAAAACUCAAGGUUGGCAUGCUUCCAGCCAAAAGGGUGUGCCUUGUUGAUGAGCCACAAGUUCAUGAUCCAGUUCGUAUUGACUAUGAACGUCCCAAAGGCCGUGGUGGAAACAGGAGAAAGAAACCAUCUGAUCUAGAGUUUGCGAACAAGAAGUUGACCCAGCACAAUGUGGGUUUUCAGAUGUUGAGUAAGAUGGGAUGGCGAGAAGGUCAAGGACUUGGAUCCGGUGGAGCAGGAAUCAAAAACCCUAUAAAAGUGGGUACAGUCUCUGCUGGGGAGGGUCUGGGUACUGAAUCAAAAGAACCCGGUCAGUCCAAAGAUGACAACUUUGAUGCUUUUCGUCAAAGAAUGAUGACUAUGUACAAGCAAAAAAUUUCAAAAUAAGUUGGCUCGCCAGGACUUCAGAAAUCAGUGUCUGCUUGUAACUUUUUUUUUUUUUUUUUUCCCCCUUGUGUACAAAAUAGUGGUAUGUUUUUUUGUUUGUUUUAUUCCUUUUUCUUUUUUGAUUCUGCAGAAAAGGGGUAUCCCAUUUUAUGUUUUUUAUCUUAAGAAAAUUGUUUUUAAAAUGUACAAUGGUUUGCUUGGAAAUAAAAAUGUCAGUAGCCUUUUCAUUUGCUGUUUAUAAUACAUAUUUCACAGUGAUUUCCACUAUUUUAUUUGAAAGGGGUCCUCUGCUUCACACUUCUGCCUAAUACUAGGCUGCGCUUACUUUGUGGGCCCUUUUUAAAUGUAAUGCUACAUGAAAAGCAUAAUGUUAUCAACAGUACUAGCUAGGGUAGUGGGUUUCCUUUCACAGGAAAAAUUGUGUUCUAAUAGUGCCAGAGAGUGGAAGGGGCUCUGGUCUGGGCUAUACGGAGGUAACCUUUUUUUCAACGUCGAAAUGUUUCUUAAGAAAUGUAAGUAAAUGAAUAUUAAGUUAUGAAUUGACGUUGAGAAUAUAUUUGCUGGCUAUACAAAAAUGUGUUUAAGAAUUCCACACCUGUCCAGCACCCAAAUCUGACACUGGUGCUCUUCUAGACAACACAGCUUGUAUUUAUGAUUGUCCGAUGCAGACCUUUGUCGCAUUACUAAAGAAUAUUAGGCGUUUUGCCACCUUUUGUGGUCACAUGCAGUUUACCUUAUUUCUCCACUACAGGUAAACUGUGUGGGGGGGGGGGGGGGGAGAAUAAGUGAAAUUAAGGCGGCUCACACUACUGUAAUGGAGUCUAACUGAACAGACUGCCAAGGGGGACUGUCUUUACUAUUUUUCAAUACUAUGUCCUAUUAGGUUCCCCUCAGAUAUAUUUGAAAAGCAGAUAUAACUCGUAUAGAGGGAAAACUAUUCAAAGCAUACUUGUUAAAGGGCCAGUCAAGACCAGAAAAUGCUAUUCUAGUUUAUAGCCAGUUUUAUUUUUUAAUUUUGGAUGAGGUGGUUAAGGAUUAGAACCCCUGUCAGGUUUGUCCCUAGCAUCAACAGAGACAAAAGUUAAUGCUUUUCUUAAUCGUACAUCACAGAACUCAUGACUACAUAGGGCUGCCACGUUCAAGCAAAUGGACAGUGUGUAAAAAAAAAAAAGCAGGAACCCACCCAGAAAUAACCCCUCCCAUCUCUGCUAAACCUGAGUUAUUGGCUAGUUUCCCUGGGAGAUCGAUGUGUCUACAGAUGUUCCUCCUGAAGAUUUUCUUUCAGAGGUGUAGUUUGAUUUAGUGGCCUAUUCCUAACACCCCUAUUGGAGUAGAAGAGGGCGUCAUCGGGAUUGGUCGCUACAGCCAACAGUCGCUGUACCCGGACUGCACAUGCGUGAAUGCAGGAAGACCUGUAAUGUUGGCAGUUGAAACCAGGAUUCUGUGGACAACGAUCUUUAGGGUUACAAUGUAUCCAUUUAUCUCGCUGGCACGUUGCUUUUAUAGGUCCAGGGCAGUGAUCACACUGGAGUCCUCAUUUUACGCUUGGGCAUCAGUUUGCUGACUCUAGUACUCAAACACAUGCAUUCACAGGGUCUUGGUUCACCACUAUGCAGAACUAGUUCAGCGAUUCGGCAGCACACUACUACAGUCCUGCACCUCUGCAACAGCCUCACCAUUAAAUACCGGGCAUGGCAAGCAUUCGUUGGGGCACUUGUUCUAUCUUAGUGUAACUGCCCACAAAGGUGUUCUAGCUUAGGCAAACACUCCUCUCAGCUGGGUAGCUGCUACAUUUACUGGGUUUUACAGGUCUGUUAACCUUCUGCAAGCCAUCACUUCACACAGGCAGAGAGAUGUGGGGAAGGACGAUAGGGUGGGAUCCCAAAUUCCUCAAUCAAGUAGGAAGGACCCCUUGCGCAGUUUGUCCUGCAAUGGCUCCCAAAGUGUAGUGGUUUGUUUUUUUUUUGUUUUUUUUUGUCCACAUGUGUUGAAGUAAGGGGAGGAAUGUUCUGCAGCCAUUUGUGCAAGCUGCACUCUGGUGUUUUUGUUUUGGAAAGCCUGGGGCACAAGCAUCUUUUGUGGGAGGCUGAGGUAUCGGAGGAAAAGAGGAGGAAGAGGAAGCUGUUGAGGAUUGGUAAUCCUUUGUAGAUGAGCCCAUCCAGGAGGAGUCUCAGGGCCCAGAGCUGUUGCAGACUCACAAGACCAUGGUGGGCUUCCUGGCAGAUGUGCAAAAACGUUGUUAAUGCUGGAAUUCUCGUCCCUUUAAAGUUACUGAUUUUUAGGUCCUGGUGGCCUCAAAAGUAUCCCAGGUCCUUGUAAUUGCACCCUUACUUGUAGGAAGAGAUGUAUGGAUGCUGUCUCUUAUGCCCAGUUAGACUCCAGAGAGGCCUCUGCCAGUUGUGUGGAAGGGCUUGCAAGUGACCUUGUAGUGGGGUUCCCCCUUUUUCUUUUGGCUUUUGGACAUGUUGGCGUUGUCUGUUGCCCACCCCUCAUGUUAAGUGCUUUGGGACAUGCCCAAGUAGUCAAGAAUGUCUUCUGUAUCCUGUGAUGUGAGUUUAAGAAAUUUCAAAUUUUUGGUUUUCUUGUAAAAAUCCUUUACUUUGGGUACAUAAAAUGACACACCGAUCCCUCCCCUCUUGUAUGUUUGCUUGCUACAAAACUGAGGCUUGGCUGAGCUGAGAGGGGUUAUGUCUGGGUGGGGUUCCCGCCCUUAUUGGUUUAUGUCCAUUCACCGAAAGUGGCAGCAUAGUAGUAAAUGAAUAUGAAGUCCUGUAAUGUACUCGGAGAAAAGUGUUAAUUUUUUUUUUGGUUCGCUUGGGGGGGGAUUUUUUUUUUUUUUUAGGUUGGGGAAAUGUCAGCUCUCUUUGUUCCAUGAUACAGAUUAUCUUUCUCCCUGUCUGGUGAAACAGUUGCCACAGUUUUUUGCUUCAGUUUCUACUAUUGGUGACCUUGUUCCGAUGAGAAUUUCUUCAAGUCAUUAUCUGGGAAAACAAAAUGCAACCGGUGAAGUUGGAACAGGAAACUAGGUCACAAAGUUUAAGUCCUUUUUAUACUUAUUGCUUUAAAGCUUUAGAAUGGGUGUGAUGGCUAGCAUUUCAUAGAAUGUGAGGGCAACUGUCAGUCCCCGCCUGGUGUACCCGCAUGCUUCUUGUAUGACCAAGAGGAUGCUACCCAUGUUGUUUUUUGUUUAAUCUGUAACCUAGUCAUAAAUCAAUAAAGCAUGUUGGUAGUAACAUGA